AUGCCGGUAAUUAACCUGCUUCUUCCGCUUUUUAUAGCCGUACUAGCAAAUGCGGCUGACCCAUCGCCUGUUGAGGACUACGAUGUGCUGCAGUAUAUUGAUCCACUCAUCGGUAGCGCUAACGGCGGAAAUGUCUUCUCCGGAGCUACACUACCCUAUGGCAUGGCAAAAGCUGUUGCAGAUACCGACUCGGAAAACAACCAGGGCGGCUUCGCCUACGACGGCAGCAAUGUCACAGGAUUCUCAAGCAUGCAUGACUCCGGCACUGGAGGGAGUCCAUCUCUAGGAAACUUCCCUCUCUUCCCAUACGCACAAUGCGCAAACGACGAUGUGAACGGCUGUGUGUAUCCGAAGAAAUCACGCAAAACAAAGUACCAGUCAGACUCGGUACAGUCCAGUCCGGGGUAUUUUGCUAUAUCGUUGGAGUCCGGUGUGCAUGUGGACAUGACAGCUGCACAUCAUACAACUCUUUUUCGGUUUAAAUUCACAAAGGAUAGCAAUCCGCUGAUUUUGCUAGAUCUUUCAGACCUAUCCGAUUCGCGGCAGGACAAUGCAUCUAUCUCAAUUAAUAGUACCACAGGACGGAUGACUGGCAGCGCGAGGUUUUUGCCGAGCUUUGGCAGUGGAUCUUAUAAGCUUCAUUUCUGUACAGACUUCAACAGUUCGGGAGCGUUGAGAGAUAGUGGUAUCUUUGUUGAUGCUCGUGCGAGCACUGGAGUUCAGGUGCUAGAGAUUUCUCGCGGUAUUAAUGGCUAUCCCCUACCAGGUGGUGGAUUUGUCCGAUUCAAGUCACCUCCCGAUGGCUUAGUCCAUGUCCGUGUUGGAGUGAGCUUCAUCAGUCCCGAACAAGCCUGUACACACGCCGAGUCUGAGAUUGGAGAUUUUGACUUUAACUCAACACGCAAGACCGCCAUCGACAGCUGGACUGAGAAGAUGAAACCCAUACGUGUAUCUCGAAAUGGGGUCAAUUCAUCCGUCCUCACCAAUUUCUACAGUGGAAUUUAUCGCACAAUGGUGAACCCUCAGAACUAUACGGGCGAGAAUCCGCUGUGGACAAGCUCGGAGCCAUACUUCGAUUCCUUCUACUGUCUAUGGGACUCGUUCCGCUCUCAGCUCCCGUUCCUCACUAUAUUCGACCCAAGCUCCGUGGCUCAAAUGGUUCGCUCGCUGAUUGAUACCCAGCGUCACCUAGGUUGGCUGCCAGAUUGUCGCAUGUCAUUAUGUAAAGGAUAUACGCAGGGAGGGUCAAAUGCCGAUAACAUCCUUGUUGAUGCUUAUGUCAAGGGGAUUACAGACGGAAUCAACUGGGACUAUGGGUAUGCCGCUGUGAAGAAGGACGCUGAAGAGGAGCCGUACGACUGGUCCAAUGAGGGUCGUGGUGGACUAAACAGUUGGAAAUCUCUGCACUACAUCCCAGUGGAGGAUUUUGAUUAUCUAGGCUUUGGUACUAUGACACGAAGUAUCUCGCGCACAGUCGAGUACGCUUAUAAUGAUUUUGCCAUUGCUCAGAUGGCUCGUGGUCUGAACAAGACAGGUGAUGCAGAACGCUACGAGAAAAACUCCCGUUUCUGGCGGAACUUGUUCAAGGCCGAUCAAACUUCUUACCUGAAUGAAUCCAGCACAGGUUUCACAGGAUUUUUUCAACCAAAGUAUUUAAAUGGUACAUGGGGGUACCAAAAUCCCCUGAAAUGCUCCAACAUCGAUAACAGCGAUUCCAUCUGCUCACUUCAGAAUACCGGCGCAGAGACAUUCGAAUCCAGUAUCUGGGAGUACCAAUUCUUCGUCCCUCACGAUAUGGCCGCCCUAAUAACACUACUAGGCGGUCCUACCAGCUUCGUGAAACGCCUCGACUACCUUCACGACAAAGAAAUCACAUACAUAGGCAAUGAACCAGCAUUCCUAACAGUCUUCCAAUACCACUACGCAGGUCGGCCAGCAAAAUCCACAUCAAGAGUGCGGACCUAUAUCCCCGCCUACUUCGCCCCAACACCAGCAGGCUUACCAGGCAACGACGACUCUGGCGCAAUGGGUUCAUUCGUAGCCAUGUCAAUGAUGGGCCUAUUUCCAAACCCAGGCCAAAGCGUCUACCUCAUCACCGUCCCAUUCUUCGAGUCUGUAUCCAUCGUCUCCCCUCUUACCGGUAAAACGGCCACAGUCCGCGUCACGAAUUUCAGCUCGUUCAACUCGGUCAAUGGUAGCGGAACCGGAUUUAUUCAGUCUGCUACUUUGAAUGGGAACCCUUUUACUAAGAGUUGGGUUAAUCAUGACUUUUUCACAUUGGGUCAUGAGUUGGUGCUGGUUUUAGGGGCUGAUGAGAGUACUUGGGGGACCAAGGUUGAUGAUCUUCCGCCCUCCUUAGUAGAGGAGUCUAAUGUCAGUGCUCGUGAGCUUGAGCUUGGGCUCUAUGGGGACUUUGAAAAUGUUUUUAGAGCGGGUGGGGAGGGGAUUACUGCUAGACAUUUGCGUAUUGGUCAUCAUGCCCGUCUGGGUGGUUGA